UAUUGACCAUAGUACUGUCUCAUCUUCGUUCAUUCACCAUGCUUACUGUAACCAAAACAAAAACACGUACUUAAACUCGCCUUCAGCCUUUAGCCAUCAUUUGUGGUACCUUUCUUGUAAAAUAGUGUGCUUGUUUUUAUUUCUAUUUUGACAAUAUGUCUGGUGGUGAAAUAGAUUUAGUUAACAGAGAUCCAAAUGGUUUGAACGCUCACUUAGGGUCACUACAUUUCAAUGAUGUAUUCGGAGAACCUGAUGGUAUACACAGUAUUGACUGUGUCUGGAAGUUAUCAGCCAAAUGUUUCGACUGCUGGAAGCUGUUAUGUUACAACAUCCUGACCAUCAUCUAUGGUAUCUUUAUUGCUGCUGAAUGGGGAUGUGAAUUCGCCAUCAUUGCUUUCUACCAUAUCUGGAUUAUCUCACCAUGUAUGAAGAUCAUCGAGAUUAACUGUGGAGUUUGUCAGCGAAUUUAUGCAUCCUGUGUUAAUUGCUGUGUUGUGCCAUGUUGCGAGGCUUUGGGUUCAGUGUUCCAUCAUUUUAAGAAAUGAGGAGAUAUUUGGAGUGUUUUAUAAUAAAUCUAAUAUAUUAAACAAUAUUUUGAACACGUUUCCUGCUAAAAACGAACAGGACCGUUUUGAAACUUUUGAAAUACACUCAUCGAUAUUAUUUGACCUACUGUGAUAUUUAUGAAACAGUUUAAAUAAAUAUUCUGUUAUUG